CACCUUAAUCUCAUCUCUCUCAACAAACAAAUUCUAACCAAUACUAUCCACCCACUCACACAUCCAUACACACACUCACACAUACUCUCACACACACAGUCACUCACUCACUCGCUUUCGAUAGAUAUAUAGAUAUAGAUUUUAGAUUUUAGAUGGCCGGCGUUCUCGAGACCUUACCCGUUCCUCGCACCUCCGGAUUUCCGUCGGCAUCGUUAACUCCGAUCGCUUCUUCUCCGAUCUCUCAACUAUCACUUCGUCGGCCGGAAUCUAGAGGAUCAAAGCUGCAGAUUAAUUCCUUCCGUUCAUCUUCCGGAUCCGUGAAGUUGAGAUCGAAGUUCGGCCGCCGUGGUGGACUUAUCGUUUGUGAAGCUCAGGAAACUGCCGUACAAGUACUUCCUGUCAAUGAUGAAACAUGGCAAUCACUUGUUUUGGAAUCUCAACUUCCUGUUCUGGUCGAGUUUUGGGCUCCAUGGUGUGGGCCAUGUCGCAUGAUCCAUCCUGUCAUUGAUGAACUAGCUAAAGAAUAUACGGGCAAGCUCACUUGCUUCAAGGUAAAUACCGAUGAGAGUCCUUCAAUUGCGACCAAAUAUGGUAUAAGAAGCAUCCCCACUGUCAUGAUCUUCAAAGGUGGAGAGAAGAAAGAUGCAGUUAUUGGUGCAGUUCCAAAACCAACUCUGUGUACCUGCAUUGAGAAGUUCUUGUAGAGGUAAAAUGUAUAUAUUAGAUUUGCAUCAAUUUAGUUCUCUUAUUUGUUUCCUCUAUGAUAUCACCAAGUACAGAUACUGCAAACAGCAUAAUAAAUUCGAUAUCCACCUGUAUAGUUGGAUACUAAUAGAUAUGCUGUAGUGCUCCCAGAAUUCCACUAUUGUUGUCUUGUUGAUUUGAUUUUAA